UGACGUUCACCUGUUAGUGUGAACUGUGCAGCUGUCACAUUUGAGUGUGCAGGCACCUAGCAAACGACACGUACUCCCAUUUUUAAAAGCAUGGCACGAGGGCAUCAGAAGAUUCAGUCCCAGCAGAAAAACGCCAAGAAGCAGGCGGAGAUGAAGAAGGCUAAAGGUCACGAUCAAAAGACGGCGGCCAAGGCAGCGCUCGUAUUCACCUGCGCUGUGUGCAGAUCUCAGAUGCCGGACCCCAAAACCUUCAAGCAGCACUUUGAGAGCAAACACCCAAAAUCCCCUCUGCCCCCUGAGUUAGAGGGAGUGGAGGCGUAGGUGGUCGUCGACAUGGAUACUAAACUCUUCAACCCUGUGCCGGCUCUGCUCUCGUCUCAGUCUGACAGCAACGGAUGAUUUCACGUGACCAACAUGAAGCACUUGUCUAUUAAUUCUUUAACAGGCCGGGUCGAGUCCGGUGUGCUCGUCUUCGAAUACAUGUCACAGCAGACCUGUACGACCUGUGAACGAUGAAAAGUUGUAAAAGGAGAUGGCUUCUUAUUCAGCUUCCCUGAACAAACUGGCGUAUUGGAGUAUUUCUUGCUGCCCGCUCUUGUCUCUUUACGCUUUAGCUUUGGUGGAUUGAUCGCUCGAGAUAAAUGCACAGUGUUUGCUGAAGUUACAGCGGUGACAAAACUGACCUCGUCUUCUUAAUUAGUGCUUUGAGCGCUGAAUGGAAACUGGGACUGUGAAUCUUUAUCCAUAAGUGCUCAGAGCGUAAAUCGUCCUCGGUCGUGUCUGCCUGGUUAUUACUGCAUAUUCUCAUUUUAAUUCAUCAUAAUUUCGUAAUUGUUUCAGUAAAAAAAAAGUGACAUUUUGAUAGCCAUUUCCAAGCUGCUGGAUGAAUUGUAAACCAAUGAAUGUAUGCUCCAAUGAUGAAUUGUUAAGUCAUUUUAUUAAAGGUUCACUUUGUUGUA